AGGGCGAGUGAGUGACAAGUGAGAGAGAGAGAUAGAGAUAGAGAGAGAGAGAAAAAUACUAAAAACAAACCAAAUAAACCAGAUGAAGCACCAAUAAACCCUGGAAAUGGAGUGAAAACAGAAGAAAACACCAGAAAAUACUAGAAAUAAACCAUAGAAAACGAGAAAAACCACGAAAAGAAGAUAAAUUUUUGAGCACCUGUCUGUCUGUCUGUGUGUGUGUCUGUGUGUACCAUGACGUGAGGCGCCGUCAUGUACUCCCUGCAGACGGUGUUCCUGGUGGUGGUGCUGCUCUACUACAUCAUCACCAGAGGGUUCCCACGGCUCCUGUCAUGGCUCAUCGUUGCAAAGUACCAGACAGAGAUCAAGAUAGGAUGGAUCUCCCUGCUACGGCUCAGCUUCGAGGAUGUGCUCAUCAAGAAGUCUGGCCUUAGCAUUAAAGUGGAGCGCAUUGGAGCCACCAGCAGUCUGUUUAACCAGGAGGAGAGGAAGAUCUUUGCCAUUAAGAUCCACGAUGUCCGCAUUGAAAAGGAGGUGUCAGAGAAGAGAAGUCGAGGAGGUGGAGGAGGAGGAGGUCAGAGUGAAGGUCAAGAUGAUGUGGGUGUGAGCCGAAAUGAUCUUGAGGAAGCAUUCGCCCAAGCUGCCACCUCCUUGACCUCCAACCAGAGUGCCAAUGUGUCAGAGGUCAUCAGAGUGAGGAUACCCCCUUCAGUGGUGACCCUUGCACAGUUCUUUGGUGUUCACAUUAUGAGUGUCAGUGUGAUGUUCCUGCGAGAGAAGUGGCCGGAGUGUCUGCUGCAUGCGUCGGCCGAGAAGAUCACAUUGGAAGGCGCCACUCUCAACCAGUCCAAUAUUGCUUUGAUUGGCAGCAUAACCGGCGCAUCAGUCCAGGUGCUGCAACACGCCUGGGAGAACAGCAGCAGUGGUAGCAGUAGUAGUGGUGGAGAGAGGCGAGGGAUGCAGUCACUGGGGGGCAGCCAGGACCCUUCAUUGAUGGAGUGUGCUGGCUCCCUCAAGCUGUCAGUGGAGGUGAAUGCUGAGACUAUUGCUGCCAUGGAGAACAUCUCGGUGCAUCUCAGCCAGCCUCAGGUCACCAUAAGAGAAAGGCUGCUUACUUUCCUGGAACACAAGGCCCUGGCAGCCACUCCCAUUGUGCCCAGCCCCCACCUGCCCACCGCCCUGCCUUCCUACACUUCCCCUGAGGCACUGCUUUACAAAUACUGGCUCUUCCUCCCCCUGAAAUUCCAGAUGAAGAUUGAGGACAUAGGAGUCAAGUUUAUGAACAGCCUGGGCCAGACAGCGCUGCAGGGAACACUGGCUGCCAUUGACCUGCAGACACACCUCAACAGAGAAGGAGCCCUCGAGAACCUGCCAGCGCUCCUCCCAGACUUCAGCACAGAGCUCCAGGUGGACAACACUCGGGUCCAGGGCACACACGACUCUCUUGUCACCCUCAACAGGUUCAAUUUGCAGACACAGUUCAUUGGUGAUCGCGUCAACAUGAAGAGUGAGUUCCGCUGGCUUCACAUCUCCUAUGACGACCGAGACUUGGCUGUGUGGACCACCUACCUCGCCCGCCACAGAGACCCACCCAUGCCUCACCUGCCCCCCUGUGCUGUGGACAGCCAAGCCAAGGAGCGCACAGCAAGACACAGCAGCAGCAACAACAACAGCAGGAGUAGCAGGGGAGGAGGGAUGGCCAGUGCGUUCCUGCAGCGUUACUGUGUGGGUCUGAUUGUGGAGUUGUGGGAUGUGAGUUGUGGUGCGUCUAUGGCUGGCUCCUCUCAUGGCCGCACCAGCCUCCAGCACGCCCGGUUCAGUGUGGCCGUGUCCCAGUGGGUGGCACAGGUGGCUGGGGAGCUCAUCCUGGAGUCUCUGGUGUCCACUCUAGGCUCGGUGAAGCACAGUGUUGCCCCGACUGUGUCCUCCUCAGCAGCAGCAGCAGCACCAAAGAGGACGCACGUGUGGGGAACGCCUGCCUAUGUGGGUCUGUGUCUAGUGCAACUCUCCUCCUCUGGCCCACCCCCUUCCACCACCACCGCAACUGCUGCCACCACCGCUGCCAACGCCACCGCCAGCAGUAAGGUGGUGAGGGAGACGCUGCCGCCGCUGCAGGCCGAGGCGCUGAUUGACAAUGUGCAGCUGGAGUGGAGCCCUGAGCUAGCUACGCUGCUUACCACUCUCUUCAGAUACUUCCAGCAGAUCAGGUCAUGUUCCAGGAGGCCUCGGGGAAGGACGCAGAGAGGAGUGGAGCCGCAGGUGGAAAGAGGCGGUGAGGUGUUCAGCAAUAUUAGCGCCAAGUGUACCAACAUCAAUGUGUUCGCUGUCUCGGAGCAGAAAGUGUCCAUCAUGCGCGUUGACAGUCUGGAGAGCAAAAAGGCAGCGGGGAACUUCAAGACAGUGAUCAGCGGCACCAAACUGGUUCGCUUUGUCCCCUCUGGCACUCAGUAUUCAUGUGUCAAGUCCUCAGAGAUCAAGGGGGAGUGUGGGCAGGUGAGUGAAGUGGUGGUGGAGAACGUGAAUGGUGACUUGCUGGUGAGUGUGUGUGACCAGCUGCACCUCACCUGGUCCACCACCACACACAUGACCCUCCUCACGCUGGCACAGGAACUCCAGGCCUGCCUCAACACACUUAGGCACACACAAGGUUUAAGAGGUCAGGAAGGGAUGACAGAGGGUGGGGCUGCAGGAGGAGGAGGAGGAGGAGCGCAGGAGGAAGGCGGGGAGGAGCAGGGUGGACUGAAGCUGCAGAUUCUAGCAAGGGGUGACAUCAGGAUUGGUGCCGAGCUGUCUCAUCGUCACCACAUGUGCUUUAUUCUGGGUGAUUUGACUUAUCUAAUGGCUAAUGGAAGGAUAUCCUGCCAGUCUGAGGAACUUCAGGUUCACUUCGACCAGCACAAGAUCAUGUCCCUGAGUGGCGGCAAGCUGUCCAGGGCGCUCAAUUCCAGGGAAGUGAGGGAGGAGAGAGAGACUGUGCCGGAACUCACCCUCAAGCAGAACAAGUCAUGGAAGCUCUCGGUGGACACGUGGAUCUUCACCUUCCCCUACGAAUACAACUUUGCCGAGGCGUUCAGCAAUGACCUUCUGUCCAUCGUGAAGUGGGUCAAGCUGGUACACAGACACCAGCCCCGGCCUUUCACUGCUGCCAGCCCCCUGCCGCCUGACAUCGUUAUAAGGGUGCGUCACUGGCAGGUGGAGGUGGGCGACGAUCCCUUCGAGGUGAAGCUGCGGUACAACUAUGAGCUGCUGGAGGACGAGUACCAGGAGGGGUGCAAGCGACUCAAGGCUCUCGACAGCAGGAUUGAAGAGCGGAGGAAGACCAUGUUUCUCUUCCCCACUGGCAAGAUAGAGGAGCUGUACAAGAACCUGCAGGAGAAGAGCAGUGAGACAUACAUCAAAAGGUCUAAGCUGAUGUACGAGUCAGCACCAAUGAGGACACAGCUUUUCACCUGGACAAUGGAAGAUGUGGUGAUCUUUGCCCUGGCCGACCCGAUCUUCCACGGCACAGAGCGGGUUGUGCAGCACAUGACCAACAUUGACCCGGACUCACCCUGGCCGGAGGAGGAGCAGCAGUUUUCAACCCUGUGGUGUCGCAUGGUGCUUGCCUCGUGUGGGGAAUGGAACUUCCGACUCCGAGACUACCCACAAUCCCUCCUGCUCAUGAAGGAUGUGGUGAUCUGGGGGAGGCUGAUUGGAGCAGAGCAGAAGGCCAGCAAAAGAGCCAUCCGCACAGUGAACGUGGAGGUGGGAGCGCCGUGGUCUGACGUGAGUGUGGAGCGCACCAUGUCAGCCCUCAAGUUCUACCACGACUUUACCUGCGAAGUGAAGAGCUUUACUGCCGCCUACGGUCCGUGCUGGGAGCCGGCCGUGUCCCAGUUCAAUAUAGCCCUGUCCCUGAUCAACCAGCCGUCCCGCGACCCCUCCACUCCCUUACCAUGGUGGGACAAGAUGCGACUCCUCUUCCACGGCCGCCUCACGCUGAUAGUGGACCGCAUGACCCUGCUGCUCCACGCCUCACUGGACCCUUACAACACCACGGAGGAGAUGGAGCUCACUUGGACCUCCCUCACCAUGGACUGGACCAAUGCGAGAGUAAUCUUCAAAGGGGAACUGAAUGUGUUUGUACGGACGGCCUCUAAGUAUGAUGAUGCCAAGCUGCUCCACCUCCCCAGCCUCAAGCUGACUAUUAAGAUGAACUGGCAGUGUCAAGGCAACCCAAACGACCACCACUCUGUCAUGUUGUGUGCGCCAGACAAGCUGCCAGAAUACUCCAGCAACCAGGAGCACGACUCGUACCGCGCCUUCCGUUCCCAAAACCUGAACAUGAACAUUGUGCUGGAGACUAAGACAAUGAAGAACAACAACACCAUCAUCACGCCGGUCAUCGAGGCAAUGUUCUACGGCAGCACCCUCAGGUGGUUUGAGAAUCUGAAGUUCAUCCUGUCCGGCGUCACUCGGCCCACUCGCCGCGGCCCUCUCUUCAAGAACACCAAGGCACGCAAACCUCAGCUCUCCAGACACUACGGCACUGUCCACCUCUCCAUAUCCUUCCAUCGGUUUGACGUGCGGUACUGGAUGUCGGUGGGGGUGAAGAAGGGCUUCCAUCUGCGUGGGGAGCAGCUCUACCUCAGCUCGGAGCACAUCCUGACGCUGGUACCGCUGAACGACGGCUUGAAGCACCGGCCACGCAGCUGCUGGGAGGUGCAGUAUUUAUGCUCUGAGCUGCGGCUGGCCCAGGUGUGGCUACAGAGUGCCAUGCAGGAGUGUGACAUCUAUACCUCAGAGGAACAAGACCAGGAGCAGGAGGAAUUGCAGGAGCCGUUGCCGCCGCCUGUUGAGAAAUUCUACUUCCUCAACGUGAACAAGGUGGAGUACAAGAGAGAGACCCUCACCCCCACCCCCACCGACACCAUGAACGACCCCAGCCAGCAUGAGCCCACACAUCGCCUGGUGGUGCACGACCUCAAGGGUGUGUGGACGACAAACAACAGAGACAUCGUUCUUGCACUGUAUGACUCCUGGACCAAGAACCAGCAACUGAGACGCAACCUGACACCGGAUAUUAUUAAGAACUACAACCCCGAGGCCACAGCGACCACACAGAAGCCUCGCAGCCGCUCCCUGGUGGAGAACACAGCGCAGGGUCUCGCUUCACCUACCUCAGCACUGCAGGUGCCACCAGUGCAGUCGACACCAUCCCCAAUGACAAGGCUACAGUCCGGCCAUGCCCAGGCAAUGCUGCAGCAACUCAUAGCAGAGGCAGAUAACAACCAGGUGGCGUACAGCGAGGACUGCUCCAAGGAGAUAGAGCGAGACCAGGUGCUGCACGGACUCAAGGCCUGCACCAAGGAUGACGUUAUUCAUCGGCGCUGGCUCAUUGAGCUGGUGGACAGUCAGGUGCUGCUGAAGGGGUGUGAAUCACAAGGCUACGUGAUUCUGAGUGCAGCCAAGUCACAGAUUCACCAGCAGAUUCACCGACCAGUCUGGCAGGACCACUCGCUCGUCACCAAGACAACCUGGGUGGGCUCCCUCCAGUGCAUGCAAUAUUAUGCCACAGUCAGCGCUGGGGACAAGGAAACGCAGAUGGACAACAUUAUGUGGCUGACAAUGGAGAACAUAAUGGAGAAGGAUGCUCAGGUGAUCAACGAGAUAACAGACAUUGUGGGCAGCGGCCAGUCGGUGGGUGGUGUGGUGUCCCAGACUGUUGGCACCAUGGACGAGGGGGAUGACGAACUGCAGCUUCAACGCAUUGUGUCCCGCUGCAACUGUAGCUUCUUCUACGUGUCAUACGGUGAAACGGACCUUGACAUGUCGAUGAUGGAGGAUAUGCAGGCGCCCUUGCCGGAGGAUGAACUGUGGAACCGCAACGUGGAGGCUGUGGACACCUUCACUCUUGCCCAUGAGGACCUGUGUGCCAGUACCAACUCCCUGCAGUAUAACAUGGUGGUGGACAUCCUGAACAACCUGCUGCUGUAUGUGGACCCCAAGAAGAAAGAGGCCAUGGAAGCUGUGGCCAGGAUGAGGUUCCAACUGCAGCUCUACUCAUGUGAAGACCAACGCAAACCCAUCAUCCGCCUGCAGAACCAAGUCAGGUACCACUUGUCACAGCUACGGAGUCUGGAGAAGGAGGUGUACUUGGUGCAGAGGCAACUGGACAAGGACCCCAACAAUGUACAGAGGAGGAUGGAGAAGAAGGAGCUGGAAGAACAAGUGUCCAGUUGUAAGGAGCAAGUGAACAGCCUCAGUGAGGAGCUGGCUCUUCGCAUCCACUGCUACAACGAGACUCAGCUGUCCGCCAACCACAAACUGACGGCUGUGGGGGGCGACAAGCAGAUGAAGGUGAUCCGCAUGAAUGAGGUGUACUUCCGCAAGGCACAGUGGCGGCUGACCGAGGCCGAUGGACAGCUGGGCAUCGCUGACCUUAUGCUCUCAAACUUCCUGUACACCAAGAAGACCAAUGCUGAUGACAGUGGGGAGCACCUGCUGGAGUUGGGCUACAUUACCAUGAGGAACCUUCUCCCUAACCAGCCCUACCAGGAGGUGCUCAUGCCCUCAGAGCUCCAGGCCAACAUGCCCGUGGAUCGCCAGAGGACGCUACGAAUCUACUGCCGUGAGAAGCCUCCGUGUGGCGGCAUCUCCAUCAUUGAACACUUUGAGAUCAACGUUGUGCCGCUAAACAUUGCUCUGACGUACCAGUUUUUCAAGACAAUGAUGAAGUUUUGUUUCCCGGACAAUGCCACUGAGGAGGAGCUGUCGGGCAGGGAAGUUGGCACCAACACCAGCACUCGGGGCAGCAAGAAGCAAGCAUCCAUGAGGAAGUCGCACAAGGAAUCAAACUUCUACGUCUCACUUCAAGAUAAGGAUGAUGUGGAGAUUAUGAAGCAACGCGCCGAGCAGAACAAGCUCUUUGUGUACAUCAAGAUCCCGGAGCUGCCCGUCAAGUUGAGCUACAAGGGCAAGAAGGAGAAGAACCUGGAGGAUGUGACUAUGGUGAGGCUGGUCAUCCCUACCCUGGAGUACCACAAUGUCACCUGGACCUGGCUCGACUUUCUCAUGGCCAUCAAGCAAGACUCUAAAACUGCCCUCGUCUCCCAGGCCAUCAGACACAAGCUGAAGAUAGCACACAUGAAGUCUGACGAUGCUGCCGCGCCCAACGAGGAGGAGAAGGCAAGGCUGCUUCUUGGGAACAAGUUGAUGCCUCCAAAAUCGAAGACAACCAAGAAGAGUCUAUUUAAGUUCAACAGAUAGCCGGCCAGCGUUCCCAGCCACACCUCAAGAACAAGGAGUGAAUAAGCGCAGUGGACACAUUUCACUAUAAUCCUGAAGUGUCUGUGUGAGUGAUGGAAUGCUGUAGUGUAGAGCAACCAGUGAUUUUUAUCCUGCCAGUUUAUGUUAGUUGGACUUCCGGGGUUAUGCAAUGAAGGGAGUGUGAGUGCAGGUAGUUUAGGUGAUAUUUGGUGACCUUAAAUUUAAUUCUCUCACAGCUACACAAAUGUCUGUAAUCCUUUUUGUCGCUGUGCUAAACUCUUGUAAAUAUUUAGUCGGUUUUAAGAGACUGUUAAUCCAGUUUUUAUUUCUUGUUUCUCUCAUUAAUCCAGUUUUUUUCUCUCAUUUCUCAUUAAUCCAGUUUUUUUCUCUCAUUUCUCAAUAAUCUAAUGAUCUUUUAUUGUUUCUCAGUUAAUCCAGUUUUUUCUCGUUUCUUUGCUGUUAAUCCAAUGUUCUGUCUUGUUAAUCCAAUGUUUUCUUAUGUUCUCUCGUCUCUCUACUAUUAAUCCAAUGUUGUCUCUUGUUCUCUUGUUCUCUCCUUUUUCUCCUGUUAAUCCAAUGUUUUCUAAUGUUCUUUUUCGUUUCUCUCCUCUUAAUCCAGUUUUUCUCUCAUUUCUCUAUUUCAUGAGAUUGGCCAUUUUUCACUCCAAAAAUUAAAUUACCCUUCCCUUACUUCAAUGUUGUCUCUCGUUUCUCUGCUGUGUCUCUAUCCAAGCCAUUCCCACAGUGGCAGGAGGGUUGGCAAAGGAUGACCAGCGCUGUGAGAGGGCUUAGUGUUACUGUGUUUGGUGGUAUAGUGGCCUUAAUGACACUAGAAUGACGGUCUGGAUAGCUACACUGCUAGUCCACCUCAUUGCACACUCUUUGUUCAUCUUAAGGCAGCACAGUCUUGUUUAUUUUGUAAGUUCCACCCAUGAAAUUCUCGUAUAAAUUGAUUCCUUGUGUAUGUACUUUGUAACUUUAUUUAUUGUUGUUAUAUUUCAGGAAUUUUAGAGUGGAAUGGUCAAUGAGGAAGAUUUAAAUAUUGGAAUGUCUUUUUUGAGUUGCUUCCACCCAUUAAGUUUCCACGUGAAUCAAUUCGUUCUGUAUUUAAUUUGAAAUGUAAUGUAUCGUCAAGUUAUAUUUGGGGAAUUUUACAGAGUGGAAUGAUCAAUGGGGAAGAUUCAACUGGGUGUAAUGAAACUUUUUUUUAAUUAGUAAAUUAAUUCCAUCUCAUUUAGAUUUGUAACUUAAUUUAACAUGUAAUUAUUUUGGAGAGGGAAAUCUUAAGGGUGGAAUGAUCAAUGGGGGAAGAUUUGACUAUGGGAAUGCAAUCUGUUUUUUUUUUUUUUUUUUCCAUCAAGUUUCCAUGUAAAAUCAAUUCUUUCUGUAUUUAAUUUGUAACAUAAUGUAUCAUCAAGCUACAUUUGGGGAAUUUUACGGAGUGGAAUGAUCAUUGGGGAAUAUUUAACUGGGAGAAAUGUAAUCUUGUUUUUUAGUUGGUUUCCAUGUAAAUGAAUUCCUUUUGAUUUAGAUUUGUAAUGUAAUGUAUUGUCAAGUUACAUUUCAGGAAUUUUUAUAGAGUGAAUGAUCAAUGAGGAAGAUUUAUAUAUGGGAAUGUACCUACUCUUGUUUUUUAAGUCAUUUCUACCCAUUAAGAUCCCAUGUAAAUCAAUUCUUUCUGUAUUUAAUUUGUAAUGUAAUGUAUCGUCAAGUUAUAUUUGGGGAAAUCUUACAGAGUGGAAUGAUCAUUGGGGAAGAUUUAACUGAAGGGAAUGAAGUCCGGUUUUUUUUUUUUUUUUAAGUCAUUUCCACCCAUUAAGAUGCCAUGUAAAUCAGUUAUUUUGGUAUUUAAUUAGUAACUUAACCCAUCAUGGUGUUAUAUGUGGGAAAAUCUUAUGGAAUGAUCAAUGUGGAAGACUUAACUGAAGGGAAUGUAGUCCUGGUUUGUUCUUUUUGUUUUUGAAGUCACUUCCACCCAUUAAGAUGCCAUGUCAAUUAAUCCCAAACCUAAUUUAUCAUGUCGUUAUAUUUAGGGAAAUAUUAUGAAGUGGAAUGAUCAAGGAGGGAUAACUAAGCAGAGGGGGAAUGUACAAUAUAACCUUCAGUGUUACCACCAUUAUCAAAACGCCUUGCUCUCACCACGACAAUUUUUCAAGUCCCCACUUAAAAACGCCUUGCUCUCUCACCACAACAUUUUUCAAGCCCCCAUAGACAACUAGCCAGGUUUGUAAAACAGUUUCUCCUUAUGAUCAACUAGAAAUCUUGCUAAUCCAUCACCAGAACCAUAAAAAUACCCUUAAAAACAUGAGUAUCUUCAACUGCAGCCUUUGAAAAUAGUCGUGUUGAGAGGACAAAGCGUUUCUGAAUACAAGCAUUAGUGAGACUCCUGCUAACACUUUCCUCCUUCACUUCCUCUCCAACACUCACUUAAGCAUAAUUUGUACAGAGCUCUUGUGUGCUUUAUAGAGAGAGAGUGUUAAUUGUGACCACCUUGUGUCAUGUGAUGGUCUACUCUCUGCUCUCUGUUGCCGCUUCAAUACUGGUGCUUCUUCUUCUUCUUCUUCUUCUUCUUCUUCUUCUUCUUCUUCUUCUUCUUCUUCUUCUUCUUCUUCUUCUUCUUCUUCUUCUUCUUCUUCUUCUUC